UAGCAGAAAGUGUUCUUCCUCGCUAGAAGAAAUCAAGUAGUCCCCGUGAAACAAUACAUAUUUGAACGGCAGUGUAUGCUAUGCGUGAUAUGAUAUGAAUUUUUCAUGCAUAACCAGAUACUGCAACUGUAUGAUAAUCAUCCAAACUCUUGUGAACAGCCGCUUUCAUCACAUAUUCUUCUCUCAGAGCUUUACAACCGUAGUAUGUUCAAGUUGAGGACAUGCCAACGGGAUUUUGUGUUUUCUCGGAAGUUGUUGAGAAAGUGAGUCCUAAAUCUUGUGGGUGUUUUCACCGGCACGAAGUGUGAAAAUUAUCUCGACCAAUACAUCCAUAGGGCGGAGGAAUCUAUAGCACUGGGGGCUGACCGACCGCGUGACGCAGCUGGUUGCUAGGUGUGGGUGACCUGAUGCAUUGACUCAAUUAGCCGAUUCUCAGUCAUCAACUCCAUCACAACAAAGCAAGACCAACAGCACUUCAGUCCUAGACACUCCGGAGGAGACAUGGCUUUUUAAUUUAGUAAAGUCUUCGAUCCUAAAGAAACGCCGUGCUUUGCACUUGCAACGCACCCCAAACCCACAACAUUUAAGCAAGAAUGGAGUUUCAUAAUGCUCACCCAGCCCUAUUUUCUGUGGCUCAACUCUCAAACUUCACUAUCGUGCACUGUAAGCUCGGACAUUUGAAUCGUAGGAUCAACGGACAGGAUGAUGACAAUGUCAGCACCUAUUUGGAAGACUCUACUCGUCUGCCCGGCAGACCCCCUCACUCUCUCUCACCCACAGGCUAACCACAGCCAAUCGGAGGGGCGCAGAGGGGAGGGGCCAGAGGAGAACCAGCACUUAAUUGGUGAUGGUCUUAGUGACUGGAUGACGGAAGAAGUAGAUUUCUCCUCUUACCUCCCAACCCCUCACUCCUCUCCCUCCCCCAAUGCAUCCCUUCCCCCCUCGCCCCUCCAGCAUGACAUCCAGGUGCCCUCAGAUUUGGAGGUCAUGACCUCUCUGCUGCAAGAGGAGCUUGCUCAGCUGGAGGAUUACUUCUUGUCUGACCCACUCCCAGAAAAAGCCUCCAAACUGGGCAAAUGCGACAAGGGUCCAACGGCAGUUGGUCCACCGUCGUAUUACCAGUUGCCCUACGCAUCAUAUUCUACUUCCAACCAAUCCGAAUCCAGCCCUCUACUUGUUACCCUGGCAACUGGGGAACUUGACUUGCUGAGCUUUUGUGGGGGUCCCAUUGGCCGUACCAAGAUUCCUAGACAUGCCCCUUACAGUUGCAGCCGCCCCAACAGCAACGUCUGCAGCCGCAAGAGGGUUCCCGAUGGGGUGAGGGUGGGUGACAGCUACGAGAGUAGCAUCUGGAGUUCCAAAGGAAAUUCCUCAGGUAACUCAGCUGUUGCGCCUGGUGGGAGCUACAGCUGUGCGGAAGAUGAACGGGUGGUAGGCAAAGGCUACUGCCUAGGCAGUGCAGUGGAGAUCAGGAGGUGCGCCAUUUUACCCAAAGAGGAGAAGAACUGCCGCUACACGGAAGAGGCCGGCGGUGCGAGCAAAGCCGGUGGCGGCGGGUACAACUUUAGCGGACCCGUUCAAAUUCCCCACAAGAAAGACGAAAUGAUGAUGUAUGGUGUCAGAGAAGUCAAUUUAAGCGGCAUAGGAGGAAGCGCAGAGAUGGAGAUGAUGGGCGAAGUGAAGAAUGGUGCUAGCGACGAGAAGGCCGACAUCCCCUGGAAGUCCGAACCCAAUGAAAGCUCUUUCAUCCAAAGUACAUCCCAAGAAGAGGCCUACCACAGCUUCCUCGGGGCCAUCAGUGACCCAGUAAAGGCGGAGAGCGUAGAGAUUCACCGGCAACAUAACUUCCACUGCAGCUUUCUUGAAGGCCAAGGCCCCGACUGCCUGAGCGGUGACCGCCACGGACCUGAAAUGGGGUCCCCGUGUGCCAGAGGAGUCUGUGUGCUGAAAGACGACCCCUGCAUUGUGAAACCAGACCUUGAGGAGCCACUAAUCGAAGGGAACCACGGUCAACGCAAACAGAAGAAGAGAGACCAGAACAAGACUGCAGCUCACAGGUAUCGUCAAAGGAAGCGAGCAGAGUUGGACACGUUGGAGGAACAGCUUCAUGGUCUGGAGGGUAGAAACCGUGAGCUACGGGACAAGGCAGAAUCGGUGGAACGGGAGAUCCAGUACGUGAAAGACCUCCUGAUUGAGGUGUACAAGGCCCGCAGCCAACGCCUCAAGCAGGAAACCAGCGCCUGACCAAAAGCUCGACCACCUGACGAUGGUCCUGCAAGUAGAAUUGUAAGCAGUCUGAUAGGCAAUGGAGAUUUGAGUUGGAAUGUUUUCUGACUGAAUGUUUUUAGGAUGUGGUGGAGGUUGUACUAUUGCACGUUACUCAAUCAUUUCAUUUUCGUUACAAACUGACAAAGUCCAUUAACAGCUGCAGCAUAGACAUCCACUUUCUCAGAAAUAACUCCAAAUCAGUUAAUAUGCACUGUGAUUAUGUCUUUGACUGUAAUGACAGCCGUUUUUUCUUUUCUCUUGCUUUUCUCAAGAGUGGCUAGACGACUCAUCCUCUCGGUUUCAUGAAUGAGCUUUAACAACAGAGCAUUUACGAUUGACAGAAAUAAACACAGAAUAACGCAAGAUAGACUUGAACGCAUCUUCAUUUAUUUAGAAAAGGCUGUAAGGUAAUAUCACAAGUUCCGCAUAUGACCUGCAUUGAUCUUAAUUUAUACAGAGUUUUUUUGUUAAAUGUAUU